GAAAUUUUUUAUAUUCGUGUUUCCCGCACUCCACGAAAUGUGGCCACAGUUUUAUGAAAAUUCCAUAUUUUUUCAAUGAAAUAGUUUCCAGAGGAACACCAGAAGUCAUGGAUACCCCUUUUCCCCGUAACAUGGGGAGUCGUACCACACAUGCGCUGUCUCUUCAGAAUCAUCUACAUGAUCAGAUGUUAUCAAACUCAGAGUUGUGUGAUGUUGUUCUUGUUGUUGAGCAAGUGGAAAUCCGUGCCCAUUGGAAUGUGUUAGUGCUGUGUCCCUACUUCCAAUCUCUCUAUGACAGUGGCUUGAAAGAAAAAACCUCAGGCAAGAUUCACCUUCAGAUUGGCAAAGUCCCUGCAGUAAGGACGGCGAUUUCUUUCCUUUACAUGGGGACAGCUGAGAUAUCUUAUGAGACAGUCAAGGACAUUCUGGAAGUGGCCGACUAUUUCCAGAUUGCAGACUUGAAAGCAUGCUGUCAAAGUUAUUUAGAGAGUGUUAGUAUGACUGCUGAGAACUGCGUCCAAAUGUGCUUACUGUGCAGCCUGUAUAACUUAGAAUAUUACAACAAAGUAUUUGAAUUCCUAAGAGGACAUUUGCCAGAGAUAAUGCAACAGGAGGAUGCCUUGACCUUGACCUCAGAAUCGGUGAUGUCACUGCUUACUGAUAAGACCUUGUCUUACGUAGAACAAAUGCAAUUCUUUGAGUUCAUUCUGAAGUGGGUGGAAUUUGAUCAAGAGAAUAGAGAGGAGUUCUUCUCUGGUUUGUUUUGUUCUCUUGACUUGAAGAAGAUUCCAAAGACUGUUCUAGAGAAGAAGAUUGAAACUUACCCUCUGGUGGCAAAGAAUGAAAAAUGUCAGGUUCAUGUCUUGAACACUAAAAUGAAGUACAUAACAGGACUCAUCAAAGAAGAUGAUGGAGUAAGGGAGGCAAUUCUGGUGGCAGGGGGCUGUGGUCAGAUCAUGUUUGAGAACAUCUUCCAUCUGUUUCCGUUCAGGGAGUCCAUGGCUGUUAACACACUGCUAGGAUACAUUUUGGCAGAGGACAGGUGGAUUGAAUUAGCACCUCUCCCUUACCAGAUGAAACAAGCAACAAUAACAUACUGUUCAAAGAGUAAGUGCUUGUAUGUUUUUGAUAAUGGACACCAAACAUUUUCCACCAAAGUCUCUGUUUACAAGUUUGAUUUGAAGGAAAACAAGUGGACAAGUUUUCUGUUAGAAGUUCCAGAAAACUAUGGGAAUAACACGCUUCACACCAUUCUAGCAUGUGCAGGAAAGUUGUAUGCCAUAAUUUCCAGUCAUGUCAUCCAGUUUGGUCCACAGCUGGUGCACCAGUGGAGCACCUUUGUUAUGGAAGUGAAAGAAGAUGAUUCUAAAUGUGAAGUCAAGCAGACUCUGUUUCAACGAAAUGAAAACUCCCAUUUGGUGGCAUGUGUUAUGCAGGAUAGGAAGAUCUGUGUGUUGGCCAACAAAGUGGGAGCAAAUCCCAAAAGAAGAGGAAAGAGUGCCAAAUUUUAUGUAUAUGACACUGCUUUAAAUAGAAAGUAUGAUCAAUCCAAAGGUGCUUAUUGGGACAAUUUACUGAUUCCUGUUGGAGACGAGCUUGUCGUGACCAGAAUGGGGAAGUGUUCAUACACAAAAUACUCAAUGACAGCGCGAAAGUGGAAGCAUAUCAAAGAGGAGUUUUUGCCUUUCCCAACGAAACCCUUUGAAAACGUUGAAUACAGCACAAUUUCUGAUGGCAGCAACUUUUAUGUCAUUGGUGGCAAAGGUUUCAAGGCCCCAGAGACCAUAUCCACAACAUUCUGUUUCAAUUAUGCUGAGAAGAAAUGGAAGAAUCUCCAGGAACUUCCCCAACCUCUGCGACAGAGUGCCACCUGUCUGAUCCAGUUACCUAGCAACCUCACCAAAUGCCACUUCAAUUGUCCCCACUGCAAAUUCUUCUCAUGUCGCAGCAGGGCCACCUAUGACAUCCACUAUCCAAUAGAUGACGAAGACGAGGAAGAUGAAGAUGAUUUUGAUGAUGGCAGUGGAUACACCUAUGAAGAUGAUUACGCCUCUGGACUAUGGAGUGAUGAUGCACCAGACUACCUGGAAGAUGAAGAUUAUGAUGUUUGGCUGUGGUGAAUCUUCUGCCUUCAUGUUGCUACACAUUACUGUCAGUGCCAAUAUUUUGAGAAAACUCAACUCUCUCACAUAAGUUUAAUGUCAGUCAUUUUCUGAUUUAUGUAAAGAGUUGUACAGGAUUUAUAAAUGUUUAUAAGUAGUUCUAAAAAUGCUAUUAUUUUAAUGGUUUCAAAAUUUGUUCAGUUUGUUUUAUAACCUUUGAAAUAGGAGAAAAUAUAGCAAGAUAAAAAAUAUGUGUUUGUUGUUUUGAUUUUGAUUAAUGCAGAUGAGCAUAUUGUGUUACAAGUACAUGUAAAUAAUUAUACAAACUAUUUUUUUUUUGGUCUGAUUUUAAAUACUCAUAAGAAAUUAACAUGGACAAAUUUAUCUAGAAUAUUGUACUGUACAAUAGUACCAGUAUUUCUUUAAUGCAUAGAUUUUAAAAGAAACAAAGCUGCAUUUAUUUUCAGAUUGUUGGUGGUACAUUAAGUUGUGUAAGAAGGAAAAAUGAUGUAAACAUUGUUUAAAAAAAAAAUGUAACAUCAUUUGUUGUUUACAGAAAGCUAUAAGAUGGACAAUUUUGCAUUCCUUUCAUGGAAAUAUAUAGAUUGAACUGAUUCUGAGGAGAAGCAAGAUAAUAUGUACAUGUGAUUGGUAUUCCUUCUGUGGAAUGUUUGUCAUUUUUGGGGAAUAAUCAUUAAUACAAAGCAAAAUACAUGAAAAUGCCAAAAGAGUGCGUAGAAAUAAGUUUGACCACAAUUACAUUUUAUACCUUUAAACAUUUAGUAUCCCAGUCAAUUUUCAUAUUGAUAAAAUGCAUUGAAACUAUUCAUUUGAUAAUUAGAAUGUUUUCAGUUUUUGAAAAAGAAGAAAAGUACAUUUUUCAUUCUUUUUUAAUUUGCUUGGAAGCAAUUUAGUCUUGUUUUUAUCUGAUGAGAACUUUCAAUGUUUCCAAAGUAAUUUGAAGACUGUAAGUCUGCCAUGAGGAAUUUGUAAUUUUCUUGACAUGUGUAAAAUAUAUAAUAUCGUUAUCAGUCCCAGUUGUCUUUUCGUUUGUAUUUUUUAAUCAUUUUUCUGUUGAUGAAGAUGUUGAUACUUAACCUGUACAUGUAUAAGGUUUGAUGCUCUCUUUUUAAAAAUUCAGCAGACUUUUUUCUUUUUUAAUUGUUCGAUUUUUUUUCACUUCCUUUUGUUGUGUAGUUAGAUUA